AUGCGGUCUCUACUCUCACUCGCCACCCUUCCGCUCUUAGCCCUCGCCGCCCCACCUUCUUCUCCAACAAUAACGCGCAUCGUCUUCUCUGGCUCAGGAUGUCCUAAUGACUCGGGUUCCGUCAAGACAGAUAGCGCAACUCUCAGUGACACCGCCGGCGUCUCCUUCACGCAACUCAAGGGCGACUCAACAGACAACUGUGCUGUGCACAUUGAGUCGGCCGGGGCUAGUUCCGGCUGGCAGGUCGCUGUCCGACAGGUUGAUUAUGUCGGCGAUGUCAACUUGAAGGGAAACAGUGGGCUGGAUACGUACACGCAGGUCUUCUGGAGUGAGAAUGCUGGGAAUACUGGCGUACUUACCGGCGGUCUUACAUGCGCAGGUCCUGAGAUCAAAGACUACAUCACUCGAUUCAUGGCGGACAUCCGCAAUAGGCAGCCAUGCAACCUCACCUUUCAACUAGCAGUACUUCUAUUGUUGAAUCGAAUCAAUACUGACUUGACGCAACACACAAUUCCAGCGAUGCAAAACACUUCAGCUGAGUUGGUUUUUAGGGCCUUUAUAGAGGACAAGUUCUGCUUCGCCCUUCCCCUUGAUCUCGUGGACAACAGAAUCGAAGCUCAUGCCCCUAUACGUCAAUAUCAUGAGUCUUUUCAACUAGAGCUGAAUGAGCUUGAAAGCAACCUCGAUACAUCGAAGCCAGCCUAUAUCGUUCUCCGCCGUGGCGACUCGCUCACAUUCAUCACAUAUGUGCCAUACCGUGCCAAGGAAAAACUUCGAAACCUUUUUCUCGAACGCAGACACAGUGUCGUACAACAACUCGGCGCAAGGUAUAUAUCAUACUCAAUUAUAUGUAAGGAAAUUGCGGAGAUCACAGAUGCUCGAUCCUGGGUAGAACGAGACGCAGAAGCUCUCUCAUUGAGUACUAAAAGGAUCCAAUGCGAUAAAACGCAGUCAUGUGGUUGCUCUGAGCAUAGUAAGAGUGAUCUGGAAGACGUGGAAUACAGGAAGAACAAAUGUCGGCUUUGUGAUCGUCGCAUGAAGAACAAGAUCUCUUCUGAAGCUCUGGAGGCACUGAGGGAGCUACAGACUCCAUGUACAGCCGUGCAGACGUUCGUUGACGUCGCCACCGAAACUCUCGAACUGAGCUACAUCAGGAACGGCAUCAUCCCCGAACAUGUCGCAGCGACACUCCCGAAUGAUAGGCCCAGCUUUACCUUCUAUCGCCAUCCAGAUACCCAGCUACUCUACUUCAUAUUCCAUUCCCCCGACGAUGCCACAGUCCAGGAGCGUAUGAAGCACAUAAUGGCUAUACCAGGCCUCAUCAACGUUCACUCUCAUGAUCGAAAUGUUCAUGUAGAUCAGAAGAUCGAAAUACACGAUCCAGAUGACUUGGUUUUCGAAGCCAAAGAUGAGCGUAUUGGCAGAUUUAGGAGCGUAUAUUUAAGGAACAAGUUCGAAGGAACGGAGAGCACGUACGACAAUCUGGAAGCAGACAAGAUCUUUUAUGACAAGGUCAGAUAG